AAAUUAUCAAUGAAUAUUAAUCAUGAUAAUUAGUAAGUGCUAAAAUUGGCUUGUGUCAAGUCAAAUAUGAACAUAUCAUCAUCUCAGAAGCCUAAUUAGCAGUGGCAGGUAAUUAAUGCAGCCAUGCCUUUGAUAAUGUGAACAGAUCUCACUAUGACACUUUGACCAAUAUUUUAUACUGACCAUCAUCUCAGAAGCCGCUAAGGCGGCCAUGCCUUUAAUAAUGUGAACAGAUCUCACUAUGACACUUUGACCAAUAUUUUAUACUGACCAUCAUCUCAGAAGCCGCUAAGGCGGCCAUGCCUUUAAUAAUGUGAACAGAUCUCACUAUGACACUUUGACCAAUAUUUACUGACCAUCAUCUCAGAAGCCUAAUUAGCAGUGGUAAUUAAUGCGGCCAUGCCUUUGAUAAUGUGAACAGAUCUCAGUAUGACACUUUUUGACGAAUAUGAUAUGACUUCGUCUCCACAAGGGACGACAUUUUCUUUGUCACCAAAGGUGGGAUUAUAGUCUAAUGAAUAACGUAGGGGACAACAUUUUCUUUCGCACUAAGUGUCCUUUAUUCACAUUGAUGAUUAUGAACGGCCCCUUACCCCGGUGUAAUGUUUUUGAGUGUUUCUGUUUUUGAGUGUUUCCCCUGAUUGUUUGGGAACGCUCAAAAAUAGAUUGACGAGUUUUUCUGUGUAUCCCUCCUAUUGAAAAGUCAUGGUCUCUCUAGCUGCCUAUUGUUUGGAAACACUGAAACAUGGGGAACAACCACAGAUGUUACACCGGCCCUUACCAUAAAUCUAACAAUCCCUGAACAAUCAUUGAACAAUAGAACGAAUUCUACUACUAUAGUUUUACCUGUUGUUGUGGGACUCGUUUUCUUGUAACAUUGCAGAAGUUGAUGGGACUUUUCACAAAAUUCAAGCCCAUGAGCCGUGCGGAAGAUUAUUGUUGGAAUGGCAACCCAUAGUUCAUAUAUUUCAUCAUAAUUUAUGCAGUCUGAUGUUGCAAAUUCUCGGAGAGAACAUAAUAAGUCAGUUAUAUUAUUUGCAGGACAAUCAUUCAUCAUUCGUUCAUUGGCUCGCAAGACCCCCCAACUCCCUUGCGCGAUCUCGAGAUUGCCGCGCAAUUAUAGGAUCCUAAGAAUGCGCAGCGCAAUCUUAAGAUAGCGCAGAUCGGUAAAAUGCGCGGAACAUAUACACUACUAAUGACUUAUGCCGAAUAUAUGUUGACAUAUGCGUGUAUUUUGGCUUGAUGACGAUUUGAAAACGCCAAAAUUACCAGUCAUCCGAUCGGCGAAACAGCGUCCACCACUCAUCUCAUGCACUGCACCAGCGUCCACCUGGUUUAAAAUUCAGGCAUAAAGUCAUCAAAAUGAAAUUUAGUGGCCAUAAACGUAAUAACUACACCAUGAAACACAUUUCCUGAAAAUUUUUAUGACAUUUGGGUGUAAGACUGAGAUGUUGUCUUACUCGGACUCUUAUCUCUAAAAUCACAGGGGCAGCUGGGCUCUGUAUUGUCUAUAGGCCUAUUGACACUAUUGACUGUAGUCUGUUGUCAGUGUUGACCAGGUCCAGGAAGCCCUAUCCAGUUCAAAUCCAACACGGCCGCCGACAGGGUGGUGGACGCUGAUGGAUCCAGCAUUGCUGAAGGAGAGAGAAGCUUUCAAAAAGAGGGCGCUAGCACAACCAUCAGUCGAAAAGAGAAAGGCCCAGAAAAGAACUGAAAAUGAUCGCAGUACUAAGAAGGCACGGCCAGCGCCAAAACCUAAAGCCGAUUUUAACUACAAGGCAAUGCAAGGAAGUUCACAGUUUAAGUUUGGAAUAUUGGCAAAAAUAGUUAAAUAUAUGAAGCAACGGCAUCAACAGGGAGACACUUAUCCAUUAUCAAUUGAUGACAUUCUUGACGAAACAAAUCAACUUGAUGUCGGAGCACGGCAUAAACAAUGGCUAUCGACUGAGGCCCUCGUCAACAAUCCCAAGAUCAACGUCGUGGAUGACAAUAAGUUUGUCUUCCGCCCGAAGUAUAACAUCCGAGACCGGAGGGGGUUAAUGCGAUUGCUGGAGCGGAAUGACCUGAAAGGAUUGGGCGGUGUUUUGAUGGACGACGUCGAAGAGGCUGUGCCGAAAUGUGGGCGAGUUAUUCAGCAAUUGGGCAGCCAAAUCACCAAAAUCACGCGACCCGCCGAUAAAAAAGAAAUCCUCUUCUACAACGAUAAGAGCUUUGACUUCACAGUUGACGAGGAAUUUAUAAAAUUAUGGCGAGGCGUGUCCGUAGAUGGGGUAGAUGAAAAUAAGAUAGAUGAGUACCUGGACCAGCGGGGAAUCACUACCAUGCAGGACGUCGGAGCAAAAACAGCAGCUCCAGUACAGAAACGAAAACGAAAAGGUGGCAAUCGAAAAAAGACAUUCAAAUCACACAACGACCAUUUAGGAAACUUGUUAGAAGACUAUUCAAACGUGGACAAGUGAGACAGUUAUCAAUUUUGUGAGGACUUGUGUGAUUGGCUGAAGUAAUUCAGAAAUGAGUUAGGUCGGGUCUGAUUGGUUGGAAUUCUGCUGAAGAGUUUUAUGGAGAAAAGUGUCUGCCGUGACAAUAUGCGUUGCCAAAAAGGUGGAAAUCAUUAUGACUGUCCGGUUGCAUGCAUCAAUUGAUUGCCAUCGAUGUUCAAAGUUAAAUGGAGAACACGGUCGCUGACAAACUAUGCCCUUAAACAUGUUGUUGUAGACUUUAGUGUGGUUCUUAUUUCGGAACAAACUAUAGCUGACUUGAUUGGUGCUGCCACCUAUACUAAGUUUGUAGUAUACAUGCUUGCUUAUGUGUAGUAUACAUGCUUGCUUAUGUGUAGUAUGAAUAAAUAAAGUGACUCAGCAAAAGGAA